AUGUAUCCUACACUGCUUGUGUUUGCUAGCCUUGUGGCCGCCAUCGCCAGUGUUGCCUCUGAGGAGACCUCGUCAAAUGGACCUGUGGACGCAUGGAAGACUGUGACUCUGCAGGACAAAUUUUACCUCAUGUACCGCUCAUACGAAAAUGAUGAUGCCCUCGGAGGCAACGGGAAAUGUGUCUCCAUACAAUUGUCCGAGAAAGACGAAGGAACCAAGACCACGAAGAGCACAAUGAAGUACAGGGACCCUCAGACGAACUCUUUGACAGAAAAGACUGUGCGUGUCACGGUGUCCAGCACGGCCGGCGACACCAUCCGAAUAGGCAAUGCGGAGGGAGGUGACACAUCGGCCACUAAAUUUCAGUUCGUUCAUUCGGAUUACGGAACCUGUGACGUGGUUGUCGUUUUGGGAACAGGAGAACCAA